ACUUUAGCCCUUUUAUAUGGUUGGUUAUAAUAUAAGAAAAUAUAUUAAAAAAAUAAUAUAGAAGUUGCAUGCCUAAAGAAGAAGGUGAUACUCAUGGGUUCAAUUGAUAUUAAGUUGUAUUAUAAAUCAGUAGGCUUAGUAGUAUUACUUCUUUUCACAACAAAUUGUGUCCUCACAACAUCAAGUGAUUGGAUAGCUAAUAGACCUGAGCAGCCCCCAAAACUACCCCUUUUAAAACAAGAAGGAGAUACAAUUAUGGAUUUGCUUGCACUUACAGAGGAGCUACAAAUGGAGUGCAAUAGUCUCUCAGAUCCACAGUGCGAUGAGGAAACUAUAUUCUGUGACAAGUGUACUACAACAUUUUGCCAUGUUAUUGGAUUAGAUUUACGAGGGUGCAAUUUAAACGGGAGAAUACCGCCACAAGUUGGAAAUCUUGCUUAUUUAACACGAUUGGAUUUAGGCGGAAACAAGCUUCGUGGAUCAAUCCCUGCAUCAUUUGUCAACCUGAAAUCGCUUUAUCAUUUAGAUGUUUCUGGCAACUCCUUGAGGGGGAACUUGUCACCAUUUCAGAUGAUGUCGUCUUUACAAUUCUUUAGUCGUGCUCAAGGGAAUAGCUUAUCUGGGGAAAUUUCAACAUUAAUGGUCAAUUGGACGCAGCUCCACACAUUGGAUCUGUUAGGAAAUAAUUUUGAAGGCGCCUUGCCAACGGAAAUCUCAUCAAUGGAAACUCUCGUUUCCCUAAAAUUCAGCAAUGUAGUCACAGCAGGAGGAAGCGCAAACAGUUUCCAGAUCUUAGGCAUAUGACUUCAUUGCGAGAAUUGACAUUGAGGAAUUGUUCACUUCGUGGUCCUAUUCCGAGAUAUAUCUGGGAGCUUCAAUCAUUACAAUAUCUGUGAGAUGAUAUUACAUGACACUUCUCUUAGUUUUCUUCUUACCAAUAUCAUUUCUCCUUGUCUACACUGUUUUUCUUUCUCUUUUUGUGAGUCAACCGUAUUAUGUUGUAGGUGUAGAAGUUGCAUGUCCCCACUCAAAUGGUCGUGAGGAGCACCCAUCCUAACUCUACAAUGACAGAAACAAUAUCAAUUCAAACCUUAAUCAACCAAUGUAGAACUUACACCUACCCUUUUCUUAAUCAAACAACACAUUCAUUAAACUUAAAACAUUUCAAGAAAAUAAGUUAUCUAAUAAUUCAUUAAUGAAUGCACAACACAUUCAUUAAUUUGAAGGGGAGCCUUGGAGUAACUGGUAAAGUUGCUGCCAUGUGAUCAGGAGCAGAGACGGAUCCAGGAUCCGAACUCACCGGGUGCCAAGUUAUUCAAUCGGAUUAUUCAUCUUUUCGGUCUAUAGGACCAUUAACAAAUCAAUCAAUAAUAAAAGAACAAUAAUAAAAUGACCAAACUUAAAACUUUUAAUAAUAUUACUAAUAUCAUAAUAUCCAUAAUUCAUUACAAUUGCUCACGACGAGUUUUCAUAUUCUGAAAACGAUUAACGAUGACAUCAUUACUUACAUUUGCAAAUACAUCACGCUCUAUGUAACAUACUAAACAAUCAUUUAAAUAUUGAUCACCAAUACUAUUUCGCACUUCAUUUUUUAUGUGCUUCAUGGAAGAGAAUGCUCUUUCAACAGUUGCCGUAGCGACGGCUAAAAUCAAAAUCAACUUCACAAGUAAAUAAACAAGUGAAUAAGUCUCCACAAGAUUUGCCUCAACUAAUGCCUUUGCCAAAUCACGAAUUUCUUGAAAGUUGGAGAACUUGGAAUUACCACCUUGCAUAUGAAUUAUGAAGGUAUCAAGUUGGUAACUCAAAUCUCGAAGUUUUCCAUCAUCAAACUCAUUUGGAUAACACUUUGCUAAAGUCAUGAUUCUACCUUUGUCAAAGUUAGAAAAA